AAGAGUAGCAUGAAACGAACCUCCAUAACUUGGAAAACAUUAAAAAUUAUAAUUUUUCAAGAAAAUAAAGAUUAAUUUAUAAAAGAAAUUUACUUGAAAUAUUCAUCAUGAAGACUCACUUUAGCUACAUAUUUAUUACAUUUAUAUUUAUGCAGUUAUCUGCAUUAGUCUACAGUCAAAACUUUGAUUUUGAUUCCCACUUGACUGUUCAACUUUUUCACGCUUUGGAUGUUGACAAUCCAAAUGUGUUCACAUCACGUGGAAACAUAACUGUUUCAAGCAUUAACUCUGGAGAGUUUGUUAUAAAUCAAAAAGAUAUAACUCAACAGGAUCGUCAUUUCAUUACGAAUUUAGCAAAGAAAGACACAUUUUAUCGCCUUAGAGCCGAUGUUGUUGGGUCUGAUGGUAUAAAAACAAGCUUCAUAACAUCUUCAAAAGCUUGUCACAUGCUGCAUUCACAACUUCAUGAUGCUAUAACUAUCAACUUUGAUCACAACUUGGCAGUCGUUGGUGUCAAUCACAGAUCAAUAAAUUUGGAAGAAAUCUUUGAUAAAUGCAGCACAGAAGCAAUUAACGAUAUCACACUCAAUCAGCUUUAUGAAUUCAGCACGGUUGUCACCCUAAAGAUCAUUGAACAAGCUCCAGUUCCAGAUACAGUUGGAUUCAUUCAAAAAUUAGAAAAAGAAAGAGAGGCUAGAGAACGAGGAGAAACUAAAGACAAUCGGAGCUUCUUAUCCAAAUAUUGGAUGUAUAUUGUACCAGCAGUUAUUCUAUUGCUUAUUUCUGGUAUCACUAAUCCAGAAGCUCAAGGAGCUCAAGGCUCAGUUGCUGCUCAAAUGGUUCGAACAAAACAAACCGCUCGAAAAUCAACCGGAGGAAAAACUCCAAAGGUCUACAAGAUCCUCCAAACCAAAACAAAGGAGUUGAGAUCCAAAGGCAAACAUUUGCCUCAAGUUGGACGCAACGCUCAAAAGAAGAAUGGGGGAACGAAAAAAGUUAAACGUUUCAGACCAGGCACGGUGGCUUUGAAGGAAAUACGUCGCUAUCAGAAGACGACAGAAUUGUUGAUUCGUCAUGCUCCCUUUCAACGACUGGUAAAGGAAAUCUCUUUGAAGUAUAAAGCCGACUUUCGUUAUCAAUCUGGAGCAAUGAGCGCUUUGCAAGAAGCCGCCGAAUCUUACAUAACAGGAUUGUUUGAAGACACGAACUUAUGUGCUAUCCACGCAAAAAGAGUCACAAUUAUGCCGCGCGAUAUUCAACUUGCUAUGCGCAUUCGUGGUGAUUCACGUUAUGGCCCGAAAUAAACAUAAAACAAAGCAAUUUCAUUGUCUAUCACUUUCAAGUGUUGCUGAUAAUCAAAGAGAGUAUUUAAUUAACAUUAAAAAAAAUGAAAUGAAACAUUUUUAAUUCCCAAACAUUUUCUUUGAACAUUUUCUAUUACCUAAAUUUAUUAUUUGACAGUACAUUUGUAGUUAAUCAUAAUCAUAACAUUAAUUAAAAUUCACGAAGAAUAAUUAUAGAAAAGUACUUUGAAGAUUCAUUAAAAAUUUCAAGAACAUUACAUUUUGAAAGUAAAACUUAAAUUGGCUAAAAGCAAUUUAUCUAUUUAAAAUUCUUAAAUUCUUAUAUUUUGUGUGUUAAGAGAGAUACAAAGUUAAACUUUGAAUCAGAAAAUAUAUUUACAUACAUAUAUCGUAUAAUUAUGUUUUUUCCUUUGAAAAUUUAUGUGUGCAUGUUAUUGGUAAUCAUGAAAAAUCAGAAUAAAGUGAGAUAAAUUAUAUUUCAAAAGAAUUAUUUAAUUAAUCUUCAAUUAAAU